UCAGCUGUCAUCUUUUGUUCAGUUCAAAGUCCUGCUCUUGCUGCAGUUUGAAUGGAACUGGAAGAAAAGUGAAAAAUUAGUGAAUUAUACAGUGAGACUGACGAUCCAAACUACCUAUUUGCUGCAAUCUAGUGUGUUUUACAUUUGAUAUCGAGCUCAGUGAAACGUGUUCUUCCAAUUUCAUAGAACAGUGCUAUUAAACACGUUAAUAUCAAAUUGUGAUCUAGCGGAGAGAGCGUGGGAGGAAGCAUCGUCGGCAGCGUCGAAAAUGAAUAGCAUUGCACGAGUGUUCAGCAAUUUCAAGGAAUUUUACAGUGAAAUCAAUGGCGCCACCCUUACGGGGGCGAUUGACGUGAUCAUAGUAGAGCAACAGGAUGGAUCCUAUAUGUGUUCACCGUUCCACGUUCGCUUCGGCAAACUGGGAGUGCUGCGCAGUCGGGAGAAGAUCGUCGACAUCGAAGUCAACGGAGAGCCCGUCGAUAUUCACAUGAAGCUGGGAGAAUCGGGCGAAGCGUUCUUCGUCGAAGAGUGCCUCGAAGAUGACGCCGAAGUGCCAGCGCAUAUGGCAACCUCGCCGAUCCCAAGCAGCUCGUUCGAGGUGAGCUACGAAAAUUCGCUGACCGUCGUUAGUCAAGAGCAGAAGGAUAUGGCUUUACCGAGGCCGAGGCGCAAUUCGAUUGAUUUUUCGGAGGAAAAUUCGGAAACAGUGAAGGAGAAGUUUGAGAACCAAAAAUCGGAAUAUAGUCACCGGAGGCACACGGAUAACACGACAGGAAGGCCGGAUUUGACGCUCACCAAGCAGGAAUAUACAACCCUAAAGCUACGCCAGGAAUGGGCUGAGGCUGAACAAGAGCAGAUAUUCCAAAUGGAAGAGAUAGAAAACAAUGUAAGUGUCAAUUGGAAGAAGGAUACUCCACCAAAAAGUGAGCCUGAGAAACAUUUCAAGCCGAUUGAAGCCGCGCCGUCGCUGACGGAUGCGAAACAAGCGAAUUUGGAAUCGACUGCACAGGAAGAGCAACCGAUACCACCAUCUGUCUCGGAUGAUAAAGCCAACCUCGAUUCAAAGUCGAAGAAAAAACGAAGGAAGAAAUCAAUCAUGAAAAAGAAAAACUCGCAACGUAAAAACUCAUCCAGUAGUUCUGGGGGAUCCAAUCAAUCCGAUCAGAAUGACGGAGCUGAAACCGAUAGUAUGACUGCUUCCCAGGUGACCUCUUCAUCAACCAGCGGAUCUCCAAAAGACACUGAACAGAGUAUUCUUCCAAUAGCUGAGAAUGAACCAAAGGAAGCUCCAGAAGCCAGCAACCGUGUUCACGAACUGGACAUCCAUUUUUUCAGUGACACUGAAGUUGCGUCCGGAACAAGUCCUCGCCAAUCUCGUCCCUCAACGCCCAUUCAGAGUGAUACUGAGUUUGAGAUAUCACAGCGUGAAUCUGCACAGGGCGAUACCAUUUCUGCCUCGUGGAAAUGGGGCGAACUUCCAACGAAGCCUGAAGAAUGUGAGGACCUCAGCACCAGCCAGGGCAAACAAGCCCAGCGCAAUUCGAUGCUGAGUGGUUUGAUGAGCUUCAUGAAGUACAACAACAAAAAACUACGCAAAAAUGUUCCCGAAGGUCUCUAUCUGUCGGAAUUCGAUGAAUCGCUAGAUCCGGAGGUCGCCGCUCUCUACUUUCCACCGUCUUCUUCCAAAGCACAGCAAGCUCAAAAUGAAGAGGACAGGGAAAGUGGGAAUGGAACAUCGAUUCCCCAUAGUCCAACAUCGCUCGAAGGAGUCAAAGGCAUGGACUCGGAUUUCGACGAGAACAAAAUAGACAAACUGUCGCUGGAUUUUAUCUCUCUUUCGCUCUGUGGCGGAUUGGAAAAUGGUGGUCCUACCGGGGAGGAGUUCGAGAGACAUUUGCUCCGAUAUUCGGACGUCUGCAGCAAUCCCACAGUAUUUUCGUCGCCCGAUCUAGUCGUACGCAUUAAUGAAAAAUAUUUCCCGUGGGCAGAGGCUUGCCCACAAGUUAUGACUAUGUUAGCAUUCCAAAAAUCGCUACCAAACGAAAACGGCGGUGGUGCAUCAUCGCUGGGCAAAGACCAACCGUUGGCUGCUGCAGCUGAGGAAGCGCAAUCCGAUAAGCAACCGACGCAACAAUCCGCUCCCGAGGGUGGCAGAAGGGGACGAUGGUGGUACUGGAGUCGAUCCAGCGACAAAUCUACUAUGAAGGGUGACGGGGAAUCAGAACCGCGACCCAUCGAGGAGUCCAAAACACUUACUGUGGCGACUCAAACUUCCCGAUCGGCUACUCCGGAUGAAUCGGUUAAUAUUCCGGUAGUGAAAAACAUCGAGAAGGUGAAGGAAGAUGGUUACAGUGGGUCUCUGAGUUCGGAAGAUAUGGAGUCACGAGCUGAACCAAACUCUCAUAACGACGAAGAUCACAGCAAGGUGAUCGGUUUCGCGGAGAAGUACCGAAAGACACUGCGGCUCUCGUCGAACCAGAUAGAAGGGCUCAACCUAAACAAUGGCAUUAAUGUAAUAGUCUUCAGCGUAACAACUGCCUACCAGGGAACCACCCGUUGCAAGUGCUACCUGUUCAAGUGGAAGUAUAACGACAAGGUGGUCAUAUCGGAUAUUGAUGGAACCAUCACAAAAUCCGAUGUUCUCGGUCACAUUCUGCCAAUGGUGGGCAAAACUUGGGAGCAAAUUGGCGUGGCGCAGCUAUUUUCUAAAAUCGAGGAAAAUGGAUACAAGCUGCUCUAUCUUUCAGCACGCGCAAUCGGACAAUCCAAGACAACGAGAGACUAUCUACAGUCGAUACGACAGGGAGAUAUCAAGUUGCCCGAUGGACCCCUGCUGCUCAAUCCUACCUCCCUGAUGUCCGCUUUACACCGUGAGGUGAUCGAGAAGAAGCCCGAACAGUUCAAGAUAGCAUGUCUUAGCGAUAUCCAAGCACUAUUCCCCGAUAAGAACCCUUUCUACGCGGGCUAUGGCAAUCGGAUAAACGAUGUCUGGGCAUACCGUGCCGUUGGAAUACCAAUUUCCCGUAUUUUUACUAUUAAUACGAAGGGCGAAUUGAAGCACGAACUGACACAAACAUUCCAAUCAACUUACGCAAACAUGGCAUACAUAGUGGACCAACUAUUUCCUCCCAUAAGGCAUAUAGAAGCGGAAGAUAGCGAGUUCACUAGUUUCAAUUUCUGGCGGGAUCCAGUACCCGAUCUAGAUUUGAAUCUUGAUCUGCCCAGCUGUUCCAACCAAGGUGGAAGUGGAAGUGGAAACGCGAGCCCAGUGGUCGCCACCUCGAGCAGCAUCGGUGGUGCGCUCGGGUCAGGAAAGGUAACUCCAACCAGCACUCUGAUACAACAGGCACUGCCUACGAUUCCGGAGAACUAGAGACCACCCAAUCCGAUCUGUAUCUGUUUAGAAUGCUUUCCUACUCUCUGUGCAUCAUCAAUAUAUCACACAUAGAUUAGAUAUCAGCUUUGCGUGGGGGGAUGAACCGCGAUUAUCGCAACCAUAGCGCGUAUACCGUACUUCAAUGCAAAAUAACCGUAUCGUAAACAUACAUAUAUUGUCUCGUCAAACAUUACACACAUUAAAUUAAACGAAAUACUAUCGUAUUUGGGAAUGAUUGCUUGAACCGCUUCGUACACGAUAUAGAGCAUAUGAAAAAAUAUUAUCAAUUAUUGCUUUCGGUUCGCCAUCCUAUCGUACACCAGCCUAAGAGCGUACUAACCGUUCGUUACCAUAGCAUCCCGACACGGGAUGAAGGCGGACAAGUUGAUUUUCGGAAUUUAUUUACGGAUUUGAGAUUAAUUAGCCUGAAAACGUAAAACAAACAAACAGCAACAAAUAUAUAGGUCUAUCAAUUCAAACAUUGGGCUGAAGACGUGUGAUAAUAA